AUGGCAGGCUUCAUCAACCGCGAGAACCGCGUCCCACACUACCAGCGCCUCUUCCAAGAAGGGCAGCGCAACGGCGUCCGUCAAUGGAACCAGACCCCCAGGAGCAAGUUUAUCCUCUACCCGUACUACGUAGCUCUGUUUGGUGGACUUGCAGGCUCCAUGUACAUGAUGUGCCGGAUGGUCCUCGGACACAAGACCUGGUUCGGCAAGGGAUAG